UUGACGCUCCAGUGGCUUAUGCUAUUGCAAUUUUAUUGCGGGCCUGUUCGGAUGUUGAUCGGGUGUUGUCUCCUAUCCCAUCCCGAAUUGUUGAUCUUGCUCGGCUUGAUACCAUGGCUUUUGUUCCUUAAUUUGGUCGGUUGGUGUGGGGGGUGGGUUGUGUUUUUUUUCUUUUCUUUUCUUUGUGUCCUCUUUGUUUCUUCCAUCAGGGAGGCAUGUAAAAUAAUUUAUAGAAAAUUGAUGGGUAAGUUUUUUUUCUUCCUACAUAUUUUAUCGACAUCCAAACACCAUAAAAUAAAAAUAUAUAUAUUUUUCUACACGCAAAAAAAAAAACAAGUGAACACAUAUAUAGCAAAAGUUCUAUAACUACCAAAUACCAACAGCAGAGGAGGAGUUAAAAAAAUUAAAAUAUAUAUAUGUGGGAAUGAUUGAAAUAGAGAUCGAGGGCAAGCUUAAAUAACCCGAAUGUUGAAAUAACAGAAAUUGGCCACUCGUCAGACAAAACUUGCGCACGGUCACAGUAUUUGAAUAGAGAGAGAAUGGAGAUGGGUGAUGAAGAUACGGUGGAGGCGACGGUGGUGCUUAGCUCUCCACCUUUCAGAAAACGCAAAUUGUUCGAAUCUUCAACGACCUUCUCCAUUACCACAAAAUCACUCUUCGAUAAACUACCCGACCAAGUGUUCGAAGAAAUUCUCCAAAGAGUCCCUCUCAAACUCACCAAUAUCUGCAAGUGCGUUUCAAAACACUGGUAUGCUUUGAUCUCCACUCCUCAUUUUGCUCGAUGCUAUGUUCACCAUCGGUCAUCUUUGGUGCCUCCUUUUGCCCUCUUCUACCAAGUCAGUGAUCGACUAUGUGCUGUCCAAUUAACAACCAAAUCACCCAUUUUUAAAUCUCCUGGGUUCUCUCUAAACUUCCUUCCCUCUUCAUACCCAUCACCAUCGUCACCAGAUCGAAUUCAACCAGAGCCAAUUCGUCACCUAGCAUCCAGCAAUGGCUUACUCUUAUGCUCAGCAUCCUUAUUUUUUCAGAAGAUUUACUAUGUCUGCAACCCACUCACAAUGCAUUGGGUUGAGCUUCCUUCACCACCCACUUGCCACGAAAUGGUUGUCAUUGGAUUCCUUUGCAAACCAUCUGAUUGUCCUAGCUGCACCAGUAGCUUCAGAGUAGUUCGAAUCCACGUGUUCAAUCCAGGCCCAUGGUCGACCAAUCUCAAAUUGGAGAUAUUCUCGUCAGAUGAAUGGAAAUGGACCGAAACCAUCAUAUCCACCCCAGACGGAACUUUCGUCCAUGCUUCUACCUUACUCGUGUUGUGGCUUGCAACGGAAUACUCCACUGGAUGAACCUUUACCGUGGCAAGAAUUUUGCCUAUGAUCCAUUCAACAACACUGAUCAAUUUCGUACCAUAAGUCAGCCCGAGGAUGGCUAUCCUGAGCCCUUUCAACAUCUCUUAGGAGAGUGCCAAGGACACCUGAGGUUCAUUCAAUAUUAUCCU